UCUGCACUGUGAGCUAACCACUGGGUCACCGAGCCGCUAUAGACAAAUAAGGGAACGAAAAUGGUUCCUGUGCUGUUUCUAGUUCCCACCAGUUGGUGCUAUUUACAACAAAACGCUGCCAUCCGCUGUUGUUUUCCACAGUCUGACCGCUAGAUGGUGAGACGUCUCAUUUGUUGGAGUCCACGCUUGAUUGAACUACUGUACUGUCUUCCGCGUGCUACUGCCGCCGACUGGGCCGCUCUGUUGCUGAUAUGCUUGGAAUGUGUCACGUAUCGAAAGUGUUAAUAAAAGCGAGCUGGCGCCAUGUGUCGCACGAAAGUCAUUUAAACAUCAUAAUCGUUCCGAUUGCUCUGAUAUGAACUGGUUUGAGGAUGCGUUCAAAGACCGGUCAGGUGUACGAUUUCGUAUACUCUCCUUACUCUUGCAGUUAAUGAUGUGUUCAAAGACCUGUCUGUUGCUCAUAUUCAAUUUGGCGUUGAGACAGUCUAAUUCAAUUGGAACGAAGACGCGGUCUCCCGUGGAGAGACAGCCGAGCUAUCCCGGCCAGAGGCGGCAGCUGUGGGAUGUGUCCACGUCCGAGCGCCGCCCUCACACACCGGCUGACGUCCAGCACGAAACACCCACGAGUUUCAUCAGCAGCAACAGGUAAUUCGCAUCCUGCUGGAAUGAAAACAUCUACACUUGACUGUGACUGGGAAUGACGGCGCAGGCCAACCAGCGGGUGUAGCCACAUCUGGCAGAGCGCUUGCACGAAGCACGAGCCUCGGUGCACCAAAGCGUCCGAAGAUGGGAGAGAUGGAGGAUGAGAGGGAAAGCAAUGGCGGCAAGCUCUUUGAGGACUUCGUCCAGGCUUCCACCUGCAAGGGAACGCUGCAAGCCUUCAACGUCUUGUGUGGAAAGCUUGACCUCGACCCUGCUGACCACGGCUCCUUCUAUGGCAGCCUGAAGGCCAAGGUCACCUCCUGGAAGGCCAAAGCGCUAUGGAGCAAGCUGGACAAGAGAAUGUCCCACAAGGAGUACAACAAACGUGAAGCUUGUAUGGGCACCAAGUGCCUCAUCAUCGGAGGAGGUCCGUGCGGCCUGCGCACAGCCAUCGAGCUCGCCUUGAUGGGAGCCAAAGUGGUGGUGAUCGAGAAGAGGGACUCCUUCUCCAGGAACAACGUGCUGCACCUUUGGCCCUUCACCAUCCAGGAUCUGCGGGGGCUCGGGGCCAAAAAGUUUUACGGCAAAUUCUGCGCCGGGGCCAUAGAUCACAUCAGCAUCAGGCAGCUGCAGCUGAUGCUGUUGAAGGUGGCCCUCAUUGUUGCGGUGGAGUUUCACAUCAAUGUGGAGUUCGUCAAGCUCGUGGAACCUCCCGAGAACCAAGAAAAGGAAGGGCUAGGCUGGAGAGCUGCAAUCCGACCUGCUGAUCACCCCGUGGCUGACUUUGAGUUUGACGUGGUGGUGGGGGCCGACGGGCGCAGGAACACGCUGGAAGGUUUCAGGAGAAAAGAUUUUCGCGGCAAGCUGGCGAUCGCCAUUACCGCCAAUUUCAUCAACAGGAACACGACGGCGGAGGCCAAGGUGGAGGAAAUCAGUGGCGUGGCCUUCAUCUUCAAUCAGAAGUUCUUCCUUGACCUCAAAGAAGAAACAGGCAUCGACCUGGAGAACAUUGUGUACUACAAGGACAACACGCACUACUUUGUCAUGACUGCAAAGAAACAGAGCCUGCUGGAUAAAGGAGUUGUCAUUAAUGAUUACAUGGAGACACAGAGGCUGCUGAGCAGUGAUAACGUUAACCAGGAAGCUCUCCUGUCCUACGCCCGAGAGGCUGCAGACUUUGGCACCAACUAUCAGCUUCCCACGCUGGACUUUGCCAUGAACCAUUGCGGCCAGCCCGACGUGGCCAUGUUUGACUUCACCAGCAUGCACGCUUCCGAGAACGCAGCUCUGGUCAGGGAGAGGUUCGGACAUCAGCUCCUGGUUGCACUAGUGGGAGACAGCCUGUUGGAGCCAUUCUGGCCCAUGGGGACAGGCUGCGCUAGAGGCUUCUUGGCUGCCUUUGACACGGCCUGGAUGGUAAAGGGCUGGGCUCAGGGUCGAACAGUUCUUGAGUUGCUAGCAGAGAGAGAAAGCAUUUACAGGUUGCUGCCACAAACAACACCUGAGAACAUCGCCAAAAAUUUGGAACAGUACACCAUCGACCCUGCGACGCGAUACCCCAACCUCAUCUCCUCGUGUGUCAGGCCUCACCAGGUGCGUCACCUGUACUUGAACGGAGAGCUGAAUUCGUGCUCCCUGGAGCGUGCCGCCUCCAUCCGGCGACCAGUUAAUAUCUGCAGACGAGAUUCUGAAAUCAGGCCGGCGAGGCUUCUCACGUGGUGCCAGAAACAGACCGAAGGUUACAGGAAUGUAACAAUCACAGACCUGACCUUCUCUUGGAGUAGUGGCCUCGCCUUGUGCGCCUUGAUCCACAGGUUCAAACCCCAUCUGAUAGACUUUGAGUCAUUGAAUGAGGAAAACCAGGCCGACAACCUCCAGCUGGCUUUUGACAUUGUGGAGCGGGAAUUUGGAAUCAGACCAUUCGCAUCUGUGAAAGAGCCGAGCGGCUCCUUGGAGCUGGAAAAGACCAAAAUCAUCAACUACCUAUCCAAACUCUACGAACUUUUCCGAGGCACACCUUUACCUGAUGCAGGAUCCAGACGAGCGGACGAAAAUAGUGAAGAUUAUCCAUCUAAGGAAGUCCGAAGUAACAAUAAUUUUGUUAAUCUUGCUCUGCCAAGGAAACGAAUUCCAAAGGAUGACAAAAAGACAGAUGGUACGGACGCUAUUUACAAAAGGAGAAAAUUUUGCUCUUACCUGGAGGAGGCCACUAAUCUGUCCACUCAAGGUACUUCAUUGUGGGACCAAAGGCAACCCAAAGAGAACAAAGUGCGCUCAAUGGCUACACAGUUGCAGGCCAAAUUUGAGAGCACAACAAGCUACAGCCAAUGGAAACAGUCAGACUGUGAGAGUUCCUCCCCUCUUCAAACGCUCAUCUCUGCUGAGUGCGAGCACUUUAAAUUAUCGCCUCCCAUCCCGCCCAAGCCUCCACCUGAGAUACAGUUUCAACUCGAUAUCAGACGGGUGGCACAAAACUUAAUCCCCACGGAGCCUCGACUCAAAGCCCGAGAGCUCCCGCCUCAGUCGCAGCACUGCUUCUCUAUGGUCAAGCUCAGACAUGUGGCUCAGACACACGAGCAGGUCAAGACCUCACCAGAACUGGAGAGCCAAGCGUGUUCGGCGCCCUACGUCCACUCUGCGGUUACGUUCAUGUCCAGAGUUCUGCAGCGCCUCAAGGAGGUGGAUGAACUCAUCUGUGAGAAAAAAGCUCAGUCGCAACAAGCAAGAGAAUUUCAGUCAAAGAGCAUAAAGGAGAAAGCGCUUCACCUCAGCGGUUUGAUCUCAGCAGACAGCUCUGUUGUUAUCAAGGGCAGCUCGGUCCAAAGGGCGUUCCCCCAGUCGGCUGAAAAGUGCCACUCAUGCGAGCGGCGUGUUUAUUUGGUCGAGCGGAUUUGUGCCGAGGGCUUCUACUUCCACAGGGAGUGCUUUCGCUGCACCACCUGCAGCUCUGCCCUGCGCCAGGGAUCACAUGCCUUUGACUCUCAACACGGUAAAUUGUACUGCAAGCUUCACUUUGAUCAACUUAACAACGGGACAAGCCUGCAUAGGAAUGUGUCGACACGCUUGAAUCAUUUUGGAAGUCGGUUUGAGGGGCGAUGUGGUGCUGUGGAAGAGGGCGCCUCGUCCAGCUGUACAGCGGCCCUGCAGAGCCAGCCUGCAGCAGGUACCUUCAGCUCUGUAUUACGGAAGCAGCUGAGCAGGCCCCUGAAUGUGGCGCGCGCCGUGUGUGGCGCCCCGAGGCGCGCGUGCCGCCAGGUGCGAGGGGGGGCACGGGCCUUCGCUAGACACCUCAGCGACAACGCCCGGGACUAUGCCUUCCUGUACGAGCUACUGAGCUUGACUUUGCCCUUGCUGCUCAUCUUGUACGACGUUCUGCUGCAGAUGCAAACAGAGGCCGUGCCUAGCGGGUCGGGCUCUUGGGUGCUGUGGGUGUAGGAUUGCACUGGGCCCAGGCUCAGAGAUACCAAAAUCUUACUGCCAACACCAUGGUGCUUGUCAGGUUUUUUUUUUUUGUUUGUUUUUUAAUUUUUUCACAUUUUUAAUUUUUUUUUUUUUUUUAAUAUUAUUAUUAUUUUUUUAGGUUGCACCGAGAACAUGUUAUUAAUUAAAUAGCAUAUCUGCCCAAGUCACUUUUCUAUGUUUUUGGAAAACAAGAAAAGAAAAAUCACAACAAAUUCAACACGCAAGAAGCCUUGUUUCAGCCUUUGUGGAUUACCGUGAUCUGGAUGACUGAGAAUCGAAUCGAUGGCUGUCAAGAUUUUUUUUUUUUUUUUUUUUUUUUUUUUUAGCAAAGACAUUGGCGUGUGUGUUUUAUUUCUCUAAUUGGUUGUGAGUUGAACAUGACUUGAUGUGACAACGAUGUGAUUCGGGUAAAAAUGUGCAGACUCCCAAAGGUUCAAAUCCUAACCUUCAACCAAAUACUCACAGCAGAAUUUUUCCCAUUUUGAUCCAGAAGAAAGUCUAUUUGGAGCAUCCGAACAUACUUCAUGUUUCCCAAAUACUGGACCAAAACAGGAUGUAAUUUCAAUGGUAUAGCCUUUGAAUGUGCGCACACAUAAAGUGAAAGUAAAAGCGGAUUUUUAUUCACUUUUAAAUGGAAUUGAAUGCAAUCGAAGCAAAGUCCUUGGUUGAGCAUCCACUGUAAUUUGCACACCACUUCAUUGAAAUACAGGACAUGAGCAAAACUGAAGUUAACUUCAUUUUUGGCGAGAGCGAGUGCGCUUGACUUGAGAUGUCAGGCCGCUCAAAAUGUCAAAUGGUUGCUGGAUGUUUUCAAAAGUGAUCCUUAGAGUGGCUCUUGCAGCACACUUGGAGUUGCUUUACUCAGGUCAUGAUGACUGACUGCCUUCAUGCACUUUAUAUUUGAGGACCGCCUUAAGGAUUUAGCAGCAGCAAAAAAAAAAAAUAAUAAUAAUAAAACGUGGACUGAAUGUGCAAUUUGCUUAAAUUACCAUUUGUUCAGACUGGAUGCGUCUUUGUAUUUAGUCUGUACUUUGCUGCCAUCUACUGUCGAGUCUCAGCAAAACAAGGGCGUCAAAUCAGCCCUUUCAGUUCUUUCUAGAACUGAAAGACUCUUUAUUUUACUUUAGUUUAUUUUAGUUCACUUUUGUUAUUGUGGACAAAAGAUGCUGGCAAAUUUGCCACUUUUGCCGUAACCUGUUUUACCAAAAAUCCUCCCAGGGGACUCCUCCAUCUAUUGAAGCUUAUCUAGCACUUUGGAGAUUUUUGUAUGUUGUUUUUGUUUACAGAAAAACGGAGAUGGAUAGGCUCUCAGUGAGUUACCGUAUACAUUCUGCACCACUGAAAUAACUAAGUAUGGAGUUCACGACUCAACAGAUGGAAAACCUCAUUGUUUUCAAAUACCUGUUCCUAGAAUUAAAAAAACAAAACAUGUGACUCAAGCCAACUUGUGCAAAUGUUUGUUUACACAACGCUUCCACAAUUGUGAAACCAAUGACGGCGUGUCUUCUCCCUUCUAAAUGUCAGUCCUGUGCCUUCUCGUAUUCAAAAUUCUCUGCUUUAUUCCAACGUUUCCCUUUCUCCGUCUGUAUGCUCUUUUGUGUUUUAGACGGUUCUCUUCGCCUCGUAUGAUGUGUCUGAGCCGACUGGAUGGUUACAAAUGUCGCGUUAAAGGUGAUCACGUGCAUGGUCACGAGGUCAUGUUGUUGUACUUCCCGCGCACAUCAACUUCCAAAGAACUAAAUUGUCGCUGUGCUUUAACUGCAUUUACAAUUGUGAGUUGAUUAAAGUUGGCCCUGGCUUUGACAUUA